GGCAGGGCGGAGCCCCGUCCGGCUUGUUGGGACAAGAGAGUUGGCUAUGGGGCUGGCCCUUUGGGUGGGUCUGGAAGCGGACUUCCUCUUCACCCCAGCCCAAGUUCUUACCCUGGCUGGCGCUGCAAUUCUGUGGAGUGUUUCAAUCGGUUCAAGACUGAGGCAGGCGUGGGACCAAGUUGGUCUACCGAGGAAAACAUGGCAGAAACAUUCAGGGCCAACAGCAGGGAGAACACCAAUUAGCCAAGAUGGGCUCCAGUGCCAAUGCACUCUGAACAACCUGGAUUCCUUUGGAGGGCUCCUGAUGCCACAUAUGGCCAUGCAUGGGCUUGUUGUGGCUCUCCUGCUCAUCCUCCUGGCUGGUGGGACUGAAGCCUUUCGUAUUUGUGCCUUCAAUGCCCAGAGACUGACACUGGGCAAGGUGGCCAAGGAGCCAGUGAUGGAUACCUUAGUUCAGAUCCUGGCCCGAUGUGAUAUCAUGGUGCUUCAGGAGGUGGUAGAUUCUUCCCAGAAAACUGUCUCUUUUCUGCUUCGAGAACUUAAUAGAUUUGACAGUUCUAGGACUUACAGCUUCCUAAACAGCUCCCUACUAGGGCGCAGCACAUACAAGGAGAAGUAUGUUUAUAUCUACCGGUCUGACAAGACACAGGUUCUGAAUUCCUAUCAGUACAAUGACACAGAUGACCUUUUUGCCCGAGAACCAUUUGUGGCCCAGUUCACUCUCCCCAGCAAAAUCCUUCCAAGCGUGGUACUGGUUCCACUCCACACUACUCCCAAGGAUGUAGAGAAGGAGCUGAAUGCCCUAUAUGAUGUGUUUCUGGAUGUCUCCCAACGCUGGCAAAAUGAGGAUGUGAUCCUGCUUGGAGACUUCAAUGCUGACUGUGCCUCACUGACUAAAAAGCGUCUCAACAGCCUGCUACUGCGGACUGAGGCAGGCUUCCACUGGGUGAUUUCUGAUGGGGAGGACACUACAGUGCGGGCCAGUACCAACUGUACCUAUGAUCGAAUUGUGAUGCAUGGGCAGGGCUGUCAGACACUGCUGAGGGCUGCAGCACCCUUCAACUUCCCCAGGAGCUUUCGGCUGACUGAGGACGAGGCUCUCAGCAUCAGUGACCAUUAUCCUGUAGAGGUGGAGCUGAAUCAAGCAACUCCUAAUAUCCAACCCUUCAGUUUGGCCAUUCUGCUCCUGAUGUCACUUUUGCCAUCUCAACUGGACAAUGUGGCAACACCUUUUCUACCUGAUGGCCAUUGACUUGACUCUUAACAUUGGCGUCUCCUGAAGACAAGACCUGAAUGGCUUUAAUUACAGCCUUCCCUUUAUAUGUAGGCUUUUUGCUGCUUGGUAUUCCUAGAGGAAGACAGGGCUACCAGUGUUAUUUCUUAUAUCCAAUACCCUCGGUUCAAUCCAUUUGGAAUAGAUGACUUGUCACUGCAAGUCAUUCCACCUUAGUCAGAAGCAGAGACAAGGAGGUUCCAGGGCUAUCUCUCCAACAGAUACAUGAAGUCAUUAUUGUCACCACAGGCCUACUUAAAAAAUUUUAGCUCGCCGGGCGGUGGUGGUGCACCCCUUUAAUCCCAGCACUCGGGAGGCAGAGGCAGGCGGAUCUGAGUUCGAGACCAGCCUAGUCUACAAGAGCUAGUUCCAGGACAGGCUCCAAAGCCAGAGAAACCCUGUCUCGAAAAAAAGCCAAAAAAAAAAAAACCUUUUAGCUCCAAACAAUCCUGUUUCUCAAAUGAUUCACCAAACCAUAAAACCCCAUCUAAGAAUCAGAUACAGCUAAGUUAAAGGCACAUGCCUUUAACCCCCAGCACCUGGGAGGCUGAGGUUUGAGGCCAGCUUGGAGUUCCCAGUCAGGGCUAUUACACAAAUAAACCCGGUCUUGAAAAACAAUUAAAAAUCAGAUACAAAUA